ACAGCACAUGACAGGUGUUUACGCGCCAAACAACAAUGGUUGCUUGCUAACGUUUGAUAUAACUUUUUUGACGCACGUUUUUUGUAUCAAUUUACGUGGUUUCUGCUUUAAAACUGCCACUUAACUGUUAAUUUAACGUUUAUUUACCUAAAAUGGACUACAAUAUGUAGAAUCAUUGACGUUAAGUGGGCAAAAACUUAAUUGACUAGUGAGGCUGGGUCAGCAGUACUUCGAGAGUGCAGUGGCCGAUUUUAUGUUUUAUUGGUAACUAAGGUCAGUAAUACGGUCGUAGAGAUGGCCGCGGCGACUCCUAGACGCUCUUCGCGGCUUCCUCAUACUCACACACCAAAGAUGUCGGAACGCAAGAAGGGGUUAUUCCAAUGUGAGGAGAUGCCUUCCCGGGAGUCUCUGACGACGCACAGGAACCUGCCGGUGGUGGACAGCGAGAGUGACAGCGAGGACUGCGACCUGGGCAUCAUCAGCACGCUGGACUCCAGCUCUGGAGAUGAAAACGACCAAAAUGUGCCGAAGACGCCUGAGAGAAGCUUGUGGCAUGAGACAAGAAGUCAAACCCGGAAACUUCUAAAAGAGAGCAACGAUUUGAAGAACUUCAUCAAAUCUCCAUUUACACUGAAAAAGUAUCAGACCAGAUAUUCUUGUCCUGAUUCAAAAUGUUCUGUGUCUACCCCGGUAACACCACAUCUGAACAACCACCCUGGGACCCCUUCGUCCACUCACUCUUGCACCAGUGUGCACACUACUUCUUCUACUUCGAGCCGGGCUCGCAAAAGCCUGGCAAGUCUCAUCGCAGACACGGAGAGCUGCAGCAGCUCCCUAAAAGAUCUGAACUUUGACACAGACUCUGGUACAGAUUCCAAAGAGAAUACUCCCACAAAAUGCGUAAGAAGGUCAAGCAGGAGGAAUAAAGUGACCCCAAAAGUGAACAGCUUCAAAGGAGUGCUUCUUGAACAGAAGAAAAAUAUUACUCCAAUGAAAAAUGCUGUAGUUUGCUUGACGAAAAUGGAUAUGAGCAGCAUUAUAUCGCCUACGCAGAUGCUGAAGACUCCUCACACUACAGAUGCGGGUGCUUCGCCCCCCAAGUUGGGGCAUAACCGCCGUUCUGUCGUAGAGAUAGGGGAAAGCCCUGAGUCGGCUUGUGACAGCGAGAAGAGCCAUAAAAGGCUCCGUAACGAUAGUUUGACGGAGCAUGCUCCGAAUCCGAAGUACCCGAGACUGGAAAACGCUCCUAAAGCUCGCCUAUCAUUAUUCAAUAGCGACAGACUUAAAGAAAUACUCUCUGCUAAGUCUUUUUAUGGGAAGAGUAACCCAGACUUGAAUACUAGUGUCACCGCUAAGAUUUCUAGUGCUAUUGAAGCGACGGCCAACCAGAGGCGGCUAAAGCACUCUCAUUCACACCGACGCAAACGAAAGCCUGGCCAGAUCAAUCUAGGAGUGAGACAUCGUAUCAGAAAGCCUAGGUACCACAAAAAUAAGCCAGUGAAGUACGUAAAUACUUCAGGAAAUGGUUCAGUCGCGAAUACCACCGUCGUGUCCAACGUGAGCAUGACGGACGCGUCCAUGUUAAGUCAGAAUUCAUCGCAAGAACUUUGUAAUGACAAAGCCGACCCAUUCGACAAAGAAAAACAAACAAUAGACGCAUUACUCAGCCAAUGGACCGAAGAAGAGAUACCAGAAACCGAACUCUCCUACUCGAAACCAAUGCAAGAACUACCAUGUUUCAACAGCACCGUCAUUGAGGAAACCAACCAGAUAUUUCAACCGGUCACCGCUGUGCCCGUUACCAUGACAACGGUUCCACAAGACUCGGAAGCAGUCCUCAUAGAAUUGGGUUGUCAGAAGUUGGACAACGGGCCAACAUUGUCAGAAAAUGGGCCAACUUUGUCAGAAACUUUGACAACGUUGCCACAAGUAGCAGCACCUUUGACAACGUUGGCACAACCCGUCAAUGACGUUGUAAUGACAGACAUUGACGGACACGAGCAGAAUCAUGGUGAAUUGCCUAAAAGUGGCCAGUUUCUGCCUGUAGAAGGCGGGUAUAUACUUGUUGAAGAGAAUACGGCUGCAGUACAAGAAGUACUCCCAGACCUGGAUGUGAUCGAUCGUGAGCUGAAGAUGUUGGACGAGCAGAUCCUCAAGAUGGCGCAGUCGAACAACAUCGACGCUGAAGCCGUGCUCGCUUCCACUGAGACUGUUAUAGCUCCUGUUGUUAAUGAAGUCCCAACUACCUCAACCAAUGCUGAAAACGCUGAGAAACCCAAACUGUUCCCGAUCUUCGAGAAACCCAACCCUGGCAUAGUUGUUCCUGGCACCACUAAAGACAAAAACAGCAAGCGUUCACUAAUAAAGACAGGUGACGACCAGUACGUGAUCGACGCGGGACAGAAGAAGUUCGGAGCCACCCAGUGUGCCGAGUGCGGGACUAUCUAUCAGAUUGGCGAUCCACAAGACGAACAUGAUCACCUGGUUCAUCACAAUGCUACUGAUGUUCUCAAAUUCAAUGGCUUCAAAGACGAGUGCAUAGUAGAACGUUCCGGCAACGCUCGCUGCGUCCGAGUGCGCGGCGGCGACAGCGGCUGGAGGAAGGUGGAACAACUCCUCAACAGGGUGGUGCAUCCACACCUCGGGUACGGGAAUGAACUGCCCAGGGAACAUAUACAUAGUUAUACUGCCUACUUAUACAUAGAGAAGAAGCAGAUAGUAGGCUGUCUGAUUGUGGAGCCCAAGAUGAGGGCGUACAAGCUGAUUCCUGGAGACCCUGACUGCUGCAGUGUAGAAGAUUAUCCUGUCAAAUGCGGCGUAUCCCGUAUUUGGACACACAUCAACCACAGAAGACAAGGCAUCGCAGCACGUCUGCUCGACUGUGCUCGGGCUUCCUUCUUAUAUGGCGAAGCCCUACGUGUCUCCGACAUCGCCCUCAGCGCUCCCACGGCCGCCGGCAAGGCCUUCGCCACCAAAUAUUGUGGUACACCAAACUUCUAUGUGUAUUUGGACUGAGAAAUUACGAAAUUGGGGAAAAAAUGUGUUCAAUAUGUGGCCUAUGUACAUAAUAAAUGAAUUUUGCUCAUGUUUUCGGUGCAACAUAAGUUUAUAGUGUUGUGUGAAAUAUCGAUAAAAACGCUAGUGUUGUGCUUCGCUGUUCAACAAAUAUCGUAGUUCGCGAUAUCCAUAAAAUGUACGCAAAGAUAAAAUAUACCUACCUCAGUGUGUAAUGAGAAACUUUUAGUGAAUUUGUGACUUUCUACGAAAAUGUGUGUUUUUAGUUUAUAGAUUAACUAUAAGUAAUUGUGCAUUGGAUGCAUGCUGUCUAGUUUUAUACUUGUCAACUGCGAAUUUUAAUCUUAGCUUUUUCAGAGACUGCUAUUUUUAAUGUGUUUGUGUAAAAGACAUUGUUAUUUUAAUAAGAAACUUGCAUGCAGGAAUGUUUCUUCAAUCUAAUAUUUUGAAGUAUUUUCGAAACUGUUUCCUAUUUUAAAUUUUGAUAAUAAUAUUUGUAUGUAUAAUGCUAUUUUUGAUACUUCUUUAUAAAUAUGCAUGAAUAGUUUUAUCGAAGGGGACCAAUUACUGAAUAAGUGAAAUUACAUUUUUUUAAAAUAUUUUUAUAUAGUAUUCAAAUGUGCAGUUUCUACUUCUAAAAAGUAGGUGCGCGAUUUCAAAUAUUUUGACACUAUUUUUUUUCUUAAAAGCAAUAGUGCUAACCUGUAGUAAAGGCACGUUUCGAAUACUAACUGCCGACUUGCAAUCGCGGGUUUUGCGGUCGGCAAUUGGCAUUCAAAACGUACCCUUAGGUACUAUUUUGUCGCAAUAUAAAUUAUUAAAGUAACAUUUUAUUUCUUUUCUACGUUCUUUUUUAAAUUUAAGCUGCAUGAAAGUUAUUAAUAAUUUUCUAGUUUUUUAUUAUUUUAUAAGACAGUGCCAAUGUCGUUUUAUAGUACGUAUUUAAUUAAGAAUAUUGUGCCUCAAAUUAGAAUAAGUUAAGUUUAAUUUUUAAGUA